AUGAUGGUAAACUCCACUCAGGUUUUGUAUUUUCUGCUGACAGCCUACGUUGACACUGAGGGACUGGGGUCUUUAUAUUUCUUCAUUAUAAUGUGUCUGUAUACGUUUAUCCUGUUCUCCAACCUGCUGCUCAUCGUCCUGAUCUGUGUGAACCGGAGCCUCCAUGAGCCCAUGUACAUCUUCCUGUGCAGCCUGUUUGUCAGCGAGCUCUUCGGUAGUACGGGGGUGUUCCCGCUCCUUCUGGUUCAGGUUCUCUCGGACUCUAACAUCGUCACCCGUUCUUUCUGUUUCGUGCAGAUCUUCUGCGUGUACUCGUACGUGAGUAUAGAAUCUUUUAACUUAGCCGCCAUGGCGUACGACCGAUACCUGGCAAUCUGCUGUCCUCUCCAGUAUAACACGCGUAUGACCACGAAAAAGGUGGGCGGGCUGAUUGCAUUUACUUGGAUACUUCCUUUUCUAGGGACAGCUGUGCUGAUAUCUCUGAGCGCGCCGCUGCAGCUGUGUGGAAAUGUCAUCACCAAAAUUUUCUGUGGAAACUACGGCGUCGUCAAACUGGCAUGCUUUGACACCAUUAUCAAUAAUGUUUUCGGGAUCAUCUACGUCAUCAUCUCCAUCGUCAUCCCUCUGGUUCUGAUCCUUUACACCUACAUGAAGAUACUAAAGGUCUGUUACUCUGGAUCCAAACAGACCAGACAGAAGGCACUGAGCACCUGUACGCCUCACAUGGCCUCGCUGAUUAACUUCUCCUUCGGCUGUUGUUUUCAGGUAUUACUCAGCAGAAUCGAUUUAACCCUUCCUCGUGUGUUGGAUAUUUUAUUGACAGUCUACUUUCUCACAUGCCAGCCUCUGUUUAACCCACUGAUGUACGGGCUCAAACUGCCUAAGAUACACAACAUCUGUAAACGGCUGCUGUGUGGAGACGUGUGA